UCUCUCUGAUAUUCAUCAUGGCGUCUGUGUCACUAAGGAUGUUCGUGUUUUUCCUGCUUCAUCUGUGUAUUCAGUGCAAUAACGUACAAGUGAAAACUGACGUUCUUGCUAAAAUGAUCCAGUAUUUUGAUGACAAGUUGCAGCCAACCAACCAUGGCAUACCUAAUCAGUAUUCUGUAAUCAUCAGGGUGCCUUAUCAACAGUGUACAGAGCAGUUUAGUCUUGAUUCGGUUUUCAACACGGACGAAAUAAAAAAUGCCUUUAAUGAUUUCAAGACUAAUGGUCAGCGAAGGCUUUGUGAAGUCACCCAAGAGGAAGUCCGUCUCGCUGCUGCAAAGCCGAGCUGGAUCCAAAUGAUCAGAGAAACAUUGCAUUCUGAAUAUGUUCUUAUCUAUCCUAAAGAUGCCACGAAUACUUCUCCCAUGGACAAAAUUUUGAAAAUGGUAAAUGAUGAUCAAUGUGUUGUUUUGUAUACUUAUAACUCACCUUGCAUAGAAAAGUGCAUAGAUGAUGUUAAUGGCACUAUUUUGUAUGGCCUUUCAAACUGGCUAAACACACAGACAACUGGGAUUAAAGCUUUCGUUUUCCAAGAGAUCUGGCACAAAGACUGGACUCUUGACAGAGAUCAUUUUAAAAAGAUUAAUGAUCGAGUGCCUCUCUAUCGCUGUGUGAAAGAAAAGAGUCAAAUGAAAUGCUACAAGUGUGGAGAUGCUGGCAGUGAGACUUUAAAUCUAAAUUGUGUGUCUUAAAAAAAGCAUUUUGUCAAUAAUCAUGCUGAAGUAUGUUAAUGAAUGAUUUUGAAAUCAUUUUAUGUCCUGCAGCUAAAUAAACUUGUUU